ACCGGUGAUUGGUGAUGGGACCAAAGCGGGUUCCGCGGACCGUCUCUGCCUUUUUACCCCCGAAGGUUAAAUUUAAAACCCCAGGUGACUCUUGGAAAUCUGUGCUGUAUGGUGACAGCGAUGAUGAAACCGUUGAGCAGAGUCCUGUGGCUGGGCUGCGUGCUGGUCUUUUGCUUCCAGGUCCUGGUUCCCUGCGGGCUCCCUGGGGCUUGCGGCCUGGACAACGGCUUGGCGAUGACCCCUACCAUGGGCUGGCUGCACUGGGAGCGCUUCAUGUGCAACGUGAACUGCCAAGAAGAGCCAGAUUCCUGUAUCAGCGAGAAGCUCUUCCUGCAGAUAGCUGAGAUCAUGGCCUCAGAUGGCUGGAAGGAUGUAGGUUAUGAGUAUAUCUGCAUUGAUGACUGUUGGAUGGCUCCUGAAAGAGAUUCAAAAGGCAGACUUCAGGCAGACCCUAAACGCUUUCCUGGUGGGAUCCGCCACCUAGCUAAUUAUGUUCAUAGCAAAGGACUGAAGCUAGGGAUUUAUGCAGAUGUUGGAAACAAAACCUGCGCAGGCUUUCCUGGGAGUUUUGGAUACUAUGACAUUGAUGCCCAGACCUUCGCUGACUGGGGAGUAGAUCUGCUAAAAUUUGAUGGUUGUUACUGUGACAGUAUACAACAUUUGGCAGAGGGUUAUAAGCAAAUGUCCUUGGCCCUGAACAGGACUGGCAGAAGCAUUGUGUACUCCUGUGAGUGGCCCCUUUAUAUGUGGCCCAUUUUUAAGCCCAAUUACACAGAAAUCCGAGAGUACUGCAAUCACUGGAGAAAUUUUGCUGACAUUUAUGAUUCUUGGCAAAGUAUAAGGAAUACCUUGGACUGGACAUCUUCUAACCAGAAGAUAAUUGUUCCUGUUGCAGGACCAGGAGGUUGGAAUGACCCAGAUAUGUUGGUGAUUGGCAACUUUGGCCUCAGCCGGGAUCAGCAAAUAACUCAGAUGGCCCUCUGGGCUAUCAUGGCAGCUCCAUUACUCAUGUCCAAUGAUCUCCGACACAUCAGCCCUGAAGCCAAAGCCCUUCUUCAGGAUAAGGAUGUAAUUGCCAUCAACCAGGACCGCUUAGGCAAGCAGGGGUACCGACUUAGAAAGGAGAACAACUUUGAGGUGUGGGAACGCCCUCUCUUGAACUUAGCAUGGGCUGUGGCUAUAGUAAACCUGCAGGAGAUUGGUGGACCUCGUUCUUACACCAUCUCUGUUACUUCCUUGGGUCGAGGACUGGCCUGUAAUCCUGACUGCCUGAUCACAGAGCUCCUGCCUGAGAAGAGGAAGCUUGGGUUUUAUGAAUGGACUUCAAGUUUAAAAACUCAAAUAAAUCCCACAGGCACUGUUUUGCUUAGGCUAGAAAGAACAAGCUCAGUUCAGUUCAGUUACUCAGCUGUGUCUGACUCUUUGUGACCCCAUGGACUGCAGCAUGCCAGGCUUCCCUGUCCAUCACCAACUCCAUGAGCUUACUCAAACUCAUGUCCAUUGAGUGGAUAAUGCCAUUCAAUCAUCUCAUCCUCUGUCAUCCCAUUCUCCUCUCACCUUCAAUCUUUCCCAGCAUCAGGGUCUUUUCCAGUGCGUCAGUUCUUUGCAUCAGGUGGCCAAAGUAUUGGAGAUUCAGCAUUAGUCCUUCCAAUGAAUAUUCAGGACUGAUUUCCUUUGGGAUGUACUGGUUGAAUCUUCUUGCAGUCCAAAGGACUCUGGGAGUCUUCUCCAACACCACAGUUUAAAAGCAUCAAUUCUUUGGCACUCAGCUUUCUUUAUAGUCCAACUCUCACAUCCGUACAUGACUACUGGAAAAACCAUGGCUUUGACUAGGCUUCGUUGGCAAAGUAAUGUCUCUGCUUUUUAAUAUGCUGUCUAGGUUGGUCAUAGCUUUUCUUCCAAGGAGCAAGCAUCUUUUUAUUUCAUGGCUGCAGUCACCAUCUGCAGUGAUUUUGGAGCCCCCCAA